UAAUUCUUGGCAGCGCCGUGCGUAUUGCCAUUUCUAUAAAAGUACUUUUUGAUAAUUUAUAUAUAUAGUUUAUUUUUGUGCAAUUUCUUUUGUUUUUAAUAUAUCUUAGUGAUGAUUUCUCGCAGAAAUUCACUUGAUUUCGCUUUGAUUAUAUCUCAAAUUAUCGCAUUCCAAUCUUUAUUCUAUCUUUCUCAGACAGUUCUUAUACAGUUCAUGCUUUAUGUUUUAGAAAAACCGGUUUCUUUAGAUUAUAUUUUUGAUUUUCAUAAAAUAACACUUGAUAAUAAUGAGUCAGCUGUUACUGGUUUGGUUUGGGAUAUAAAUAGUAUAUUUGGUGUUCUUAUUAUUUUUUUUGUUGUUCGACGAUCAAAGCAGGUGCUUGAUUUCACAUUGACAAUGCAUUUUAUCCACUUCAUUAUUGUUUUCUUUUAUUCUGGUUCCUUACCAACUAAUACAUAUUGGUGGAUUGUCCAGAUUAUCAGUUGUAUAUUUAUAUGUUUGGGUGGUGAAUGGAUAUGUAUGCAAAGAGAAUUAAAACCUAUUUUCUUUGGAAGCUGGCAAAACCUUCCCAUGAUAGAAUCGAACCCGAAUAUUGAACAAUAUGAACUUGAUAAGAUUGAUGCUCAGAAACAUUACGAAGCUCUUUGUUGA